GAAAUAACCUGAGUGACAUACUUUUCAUACUAAGUUAAUUCAGUGAAUUAUUUGGACUAGACUUUCAGUUUCAUCAGUCUGGCAUACCAGAGGUUUACCAUGGUUCCGUAGUUGAACCUUGGCACAUUGGCCUUAGCAAGAAUUUUGCUUACUCCCAGUAAUAUCCAAAUAUUUUUUUAAAACCAAAGAAAUAAACCUUAGGUUGUGUAGGGAUUCUGAUGUACCUGUGAUGGCUGAGAGUGAAUUUUGGUAAAAACAACAUGAUAAAUACUGUUAUACAGGCACCAUCAAAAGAUGUUGUACACAAGACCUGCCAGGAAGCCUUCCUAUACAGAGAUAGACGGAAAGUUCCUGAGGCUGUGGUCAGUAACAUAGCAACACAAUAUGGUAUUUCUCCAGAGGAAGCUAAAAAGUUACUGAUGUCGCUUGGUUCUUUGAUGAAAAGUGCUGUAUUUCAGGGAUCAACUGACCCAUCUGACCUUAUUAAACUAUUUCCAAGUGACUUUCACAAAAGUUUGAGAGACUUGUUGGCUAAAAUUAUGAUUGAAAAUAUGUCAACAUGGCGAGCUCAGGCAGUCAAUAAUCAAGUAUCCCUACCUCGAAUGGUUGAUUUUGAUUGGCGUGUGGAUAUAAAAACAUCUUCGGACUCCAUAGCUAGAAUGUCAGUACCAACAUGUAUUCUGCAGAUGAAGGUUCAGGAGAACCCAAGUCGUGUGGACACAGUAGCUGAUGUAUCCAAUGUAAAUGUAGAGCUAUCUAAAGAGACUCUAGAUACAAUGUUAGAUGGACUCUCUAAAAUAAGGGACCAGUUAUCAUCUGUUGCCAAUAGAUAGUGAUCAUAGAAUGUUGAAAAGGGACCAGUUGUUAGCUGUUUCCAGUGUAUAGUUAGCAUUCUUCAAAGACAUUUUAUCCAAGCAGGAUAAUACAGAAAACUUACAGCUACUGAACCAUUUGUAGAAGUAAUAAUUUAUCUUAUUUAUUAAGAAAGAUUUGAUAAUGUAAAUUUAACAUUGCAAAUAUCAUUAAUGUGAGUAUGGAAGUAAGUUUUCUUUAAAUCCAUUUGUUUUAUAGACUGUGAUUAUUACAGAAUACAUCUGGAAUAAAGUAACUUACCAGUAAGUUGUUGCCUUUUGGUCUAAGGAAAUUUCAGUCACAAUUUUCCUUUACCUAUCUUCAUUAUUUUUUUCUUGAAAGUAUAAGAAAUCAGAUGUUAAUUUCUUAAAACAGCCACUUAAGCUAAAAAACAGAUAAGUUUAUGCCCACCAAAUUGAAUUAUUUUACAGUUUGUUUACUAGUUAAAAAGACUAAUACAGAAAUGUUAAGUACCUAAUGUUUAUCUGCUAAUGACUUCAUGGCAUGGAUUCCUACAUAUUCUGUGUGUUGGUUAAUUUCAUAAUGUUUGUAAUAUUUUGUGCAAUAAGUUGUAAUAAAUAAAUGAAGUUGAAA